GCAAGUACCAUAUUUUUGCCAGUUUGAAAAGGCGAAACAGUUUUUGUGACAAUUAGAUUCAUUACAUGUAAGUGUGAAUUUAAUCAUCCUGGUACUCUAUUUAAAUAUUCAUUUAAUCAAAAAAUGUUGAAAUUAUAUAUUAGAUUAAAUCAGCUAUACAGUGUCAUAAGUAGGGCUAGUGAAAUUUUGUUAUUCUAUGUAAUAUUGAGAAGUAAAUAUGUAAAUAAUAAACCAACUUCCGUUUAGAUUAUUUCCUGAACAUUAUAAAUAUAACCAAUAAACAAAACGACCACUCGUUAAAAAAACUUCCUUGUGAGGGUACAUGUAUGUAUAAGUAAUAACUUCUUUGUCAGUGAACCAUUUACGUGCAUCUACACAUAAUUCGAAUGACCUUCAAAUCUACUUAAUACACCAUUAUAAAUCUCAGAAGCUUUUUUAUACAGCACAACCAUUCAAAAUGGACAACGUUACUUUCGACAUAUCGCAAAAAGUGAAAGAAUGGAAUAACGAGAUAGUGCAGAGCCUUAUUCCUAACAACACUAUCCUGUCAAUGUAUAUGGUGGCUGGAUUGUUGGGUAACUCCCUCGUCAUCUUCAUUUACGGUUUCAAAAUGAAAGGCAACAAAGAGGACAGGUAUUUCAUUCCGUUUCUUGCAAUGGCGGACCUUUGGGCUUCUUUGAUUUGUGCCUCUUUUGGGAUCGCCCAAAAUAUGAUGCAGGCGACCUUCGACGAUGAACAAUUGUGUAAAACAUGGUGGUUCUUUGCCGCCUUCUCAACUUUAACGUCUGUGUUUUUUCUUCUUAUUGUUGCUGUCCACAGAUAUCUCAAAGUUUGCCAGCCCCUCGGGAGACAGAUGACCUUAAAAUUGAAACGAUUCGCCUUGUGUAUGGGAUUAACAGUUGCUUUUAUCUUAGCUGUGCCCAUGACCUACUUUUAUGGAUCUGAUCCUUUUCUUAACGAAGAGUUGGGAAUCUAUGGACGACGUUGCAGUAGGCUGAGCUCUGCAAAUAAAACUGGGUCUCUUAUAUUUGGAGGCCUCCUUCUCCUCAUUACCAUCACUAUUAUAGCAUCUCUGAUAUGUCUUUAUUCCAAAAUAGGAUUAAAAAUCCGGGACCAUUUAAAACGUACCAAAAUUAAGCGACGCAACAAAACAGUCGAACACUCCCGAGGCGGCGUUUCAAACAGUGACGACCGACUGAGUUACACGGAACGUGAGACCCAAUCACAUGAUACUGAUGAUAGAACCGAAGACACUGGGUUUUCCACUAUGCGCAGGUCAACCAGUACCUGCAGAGAGCUCGAGGCUGUCUCACCUACAAAAAACAAUGGAGGAAAACACGUACCCAGGCUGUCGAGUGUAAAGAGGAGAAAACGGAAGCGAGUCGUGUAUAAAUUCACUCUGAUGUUCAUGCUUAUAACCGUCAUUUUCUUGAUCUGUUAUAUUCCUAAAACCACCAUCAUGUUGUUGGAAGCAAGGAAUACAUCGUUUUGGGAGGAGUUUACAUAUACAGGAAGAUCUGUUUUACUGUUUGUUUAUAGGAUUUAUAUCUUGAAUAACAUCACAAACCCAGUCAUUUACGCCUUUCUUGAUAAAAAGUUUUCAAAAGAAAUAAAAAAAUGUUGUGUAUGCAAGUAGUGAAGUUUUAUGAUAAAUAUCUCAAAAAUGCAUUCUUCCUUUGUUUUUUAUGUGUCAUUUAUCUCUCGAGCGUCCUGAUUUACUUACAUGCAUCUAGAAGUUUUAAGAAUGAAAAUGGUAUUGAAUUAGCGAGUUUACGUUGAAUUAAACUUUUAAUUUUUAACUCGCAGCAAAAAUCGGCGUGUUUAACAGCAUCAUCACGUGGUUGUUUUUCACACCGUUGUAAUACACAGUUUGCCUAGCUUGAAACAUCGAUAUGUGUUAAUUGACGUCAACUGUUUGGACACCAAAGGGGUUCGCAUGAUAGAAAAAUUAUGUAAAAAUAUCAAAAGUCUCCAUUGUGCUUGCAAUGAUAUUUAAAAAACUAAUAAUAAUAUAAGUAUUCAGGAAUUCAUUGACUUAUAUGAAAAUGAUCAUUAUAGUCGGUACCUGAACAAAUUCAAUAUGAUAAAGCCCUUUGGGCUUGAUUUGAUUUGAUUACGUGCCCGACAGUUUUGAUCUCCCCUUAGAAGUAGAAAAAAUUAAACCAAUCAGUGAUGUAUUACAAAUGAAUGUUUAUAACUCUUUUGACAGAUAUUCUUUCAUUUUUAUUCCUGAUCUAACAAUUACUAUUUUUAGACUUGGAUGCUUGAAAUCUGUACAAAACGCCUAACUCUGUUGUGAAUUUUGAUAUGCAUCUAUUGGAAAGACGUAUGUUAUAUUUCUGUAAAAGGCCUAACUCUGUUGUGAAUUUUGAUAUGCAUCUAUUGGUAAGACGUAUGUUACAUUUCUGGAAAAUGUCAAUCGAUGUUUUAGAAAGAUAUUAACACGAACACAAUUAUUUUGAAAUUUUGGCAUG